GGUUGAGUCACCAUAGAGCAGAGGAAGCAGCGUUGUUUUGAUCAAAACUAUAUACGCAGGCAAGCGGAGAAUGGAGGGGAAGCUAGACAGUCACAAGCUUAUCUUUGAGAAGGAGGGCGUUUACCUCCACACCAACGCCAAAAGAAGCAACGAGGACACGACCAUUCCUGGAUUUAUUCGUAUCAUAGAGCGGGAUGGUGAGGCGCUGCUGGAGUGGAGCCCGGUGCAGGGUGAGGGAAAAAAUGCUCCGGCUGUCUUUUACACAAAGAAGGAUGGAGAAGAUGGGGGAGAAGAGGAGACCAAGUUUGACCCAGGCUACGAACCGGACUGGGCUGUUAUCAGCACAGUAAAGCAGACCAGAGCAAAAGAGCAGCAACCUCCAGUGAGACAGACAGGGCAGUGGGGCUCGUUCUCUCUGCCCCUGUCGGAGCUUUACUCCCUUCGCCGUGCCCGCUUCUCUCUGGGCAGGAACUUCAUGGUGUUGACCAGCAGGGGGGGCCAUCCCCUUCCCCCACUGCACUUCCACAGAGGUGGCACCAGAGAGCUGCUCAGAGCCAUGCAGAGAUACAUCAGACUAGCCCCGUCUCCAGUGGAUGGGAGGUUGUUCUUGGCAUAUCCCCAUGACUCUGGGGCUCUCUCUCAAUCUUUUGAUGAACUGCAUCUCUUUGAUGACACUGGUUCGGACCUCGUCUCUAGGUUCAUCCAGGACCCUUACGCGACUACAUUUGGGGGAUUCUCCAAGGUGACAAACUUCUUCAGAGGGGCACUGAGACCCCCGGAGUCUCCUCUGCAUGGCUGCACACCUGCAGGAAAUCACGCACCCCACACAGCCGAUGACGAACCCGGCUUUGAGCUCAUAACCUGUCAGGGGGCAGAGCUGGGUCCCCGGCCGACGGUCACCAGAGGACAGCCUUUGGAUAACUGGGAGCAAUUUCUGGACUCGGAAGGGCGUGUCACUGACCCACAGAUAGUCAAGGAGCUGGUUUUCAGAGGGGGCAUCAUUCCUCCCCUUCGAAAGGAGGUUUGGAAAUUCCUCCUGGGAUUUUUCCCCUGGAACAGUACAGCUAAAGAGCGGGAGGACAUUAUCCGCGUGAAAACGGAUGAGUACUUCAGGAUGAAAGUGCAAUGGAAAUCUGUCAGUGAAGAGCAAGAGAUGAGAAACUCCCUCCUCAGAGGAUACCGCAGCCUCAUUGAGCGAGAUGUGAAUCGCACAGACAGACAAAACCCCUUCUUCUCUGGCAAUGAGAACCCAGGUCUCACUCUGCUCCAUGACGUGCUAAUGACCUACUGCAUGUACAACUUCGACCUGGGCUACGUGCAGGGCAUGAGUGAUCUCCUGGCUCCACUCCUGUUCGUCACUCAGAACGAAGUGGAAUCCUUCUGGUGUUUGACUGGAUUUAUGGAGCUAGUGCAUCAGAACUUUGAGGAGUCACAGGAGGCCAUGAAACAACAGCUCCUUCAGCUCAGCCUGCUGCUGAGAGCACUCGACCCAGAACUGUGUGACUACCUAGAUUCUCAGGACAGCGGCUCUCUCUGUUUCUGCUUCCGCUGGCUGCUGAUCUGGUACAAACGAGAGUUCCCCUUCGAUGACAUCCUCAGCCUCUGGGAGGUUCUCUGGACCCGCAUCCCAUGUGCGAACUUUCACCUUCUCUUGGCCUGCGCCAUUCUCGUGUCACAGAGGGGGGAACUGAUUGGAUCAAACCAUGAUUUUAACUCCAUUCUUAAGCACAUCAAUGAGCUGAACAUGAAGUUGGAUCUGGAAAGUGUCAUGUGUGAAGCAGAGGGAAUCUAUCUGCAAAUGGCUCAGUGCAAGGAGCUGCCUGUGAGAGUACAGGAAGUGCUGGGCCUGUAUGUCCCCUCCAGCUCGGAUGAAGAAAGCCCACAGUCAGAGCCCAAAGAGACUGACGGGCUGCUCAGCCAAUCGUUAGCUAGGGGAGCAACAGCCUGCCAACCAAGCAACCCCCAUGCAACCCCACGACCACCCCCCACAUACCCCUAACCACUACUCUAACUGGACAAACAGAGAGGGUGAUGUUUAUGUAAAAAUAAUGUUUAUGCAUAACCUAGAGUAAAAUAAUAAUUACCUGUAAUUAAUUGAGAGAGAGAGAGA